GCCAUAGCCUUUAAAUUUUACAAAUAUCGAAAUAUCUGACUUAUUACGAUGGUCAUAUUCGAACUUAUUAAAAAUGUAUGAAAAUGUUAAUAAUAUUAAAUUUGAAAUGCAAGCCUUAUUAAUAGUGAUAGUCUGAAAUGACUUUUACAUUGUAAUGUGUAGAUAAGUUCUCAUUCACAUACAUGACUUACUGACGCAGAACGGUUAAGAAUACAAGUAAAAGUCCAGAAACAAAGUUUUUGGAAAUUAAUUUUAUUUUGUAAUCAAAUUACCUAAUUAAAAAAAUACUAAUUUAAUUAUUAGUUUUCUGAAUAUAAAUGGACUUUUGUAAAAAUAUUAAACUUGAAUUAUACAUGGUGAGACCACAGUAAAGGGUUGGAUUUAAUGUACAAUGUUGGAUUAAAAUAAGUAUUUAAAUAACGUAGUAUUGCACAAAGAGAUAUGUUCCUUUACAGAGCUAGAUGUAUUCGCACCUUUUGUCUGACAAAUAAAAUCUUUUUGUCCACCAUCAAUAAGCACAUCAGAAUCAUUACAAGUCAGCCUAAUCGAGGAAAAAAAAGUGACUGUACUCAAAAUAUUUCAUUAUUGUUUCAACCAGUGCUUGUCAAACCAACUCCAGAUGAUAUUAAUGUUGGCGCUGAGCUUACAACUACUUUACGUAAAACUGAUUUGCUAAAAUUAUUAAAUAGCUUUAUUCAAGUAAAGGAAGUUAUAAAAUUGUCAACUGAAUAUGGUCUUGAUAAUUAUUUGCGCAAAGAAGCAUUCAAUAGUUUUCGUCGGUACUGUGUUGAAAUAGAAUCACUACCUGUUGAUCUUCAUGUUGUUAUUAGUGAUAUACUUCAAGGAGCAGGAAAUAUAACUGAUAUCUUUCCAUAUUUUAUGAAGCAUGCUAAAGAUAUUUUUCCUCAUUUAGAGUGCUUGGAUGAUUUAAAAAAAAUAAGUGAUUUACGGACACCAGCUAAUUGGUAUCCUGUAGCUAGGACGAUCACAAGAAAAAUAAUUUUUCAUGCUGGACCAACAAACAGUGGUAAAACUUACCAUGCUCUAGAGCGUUUUAUGGUAGCUAAAAGUGGAGUAUAUUGUGGCCCUUUGAAACUGUUAGCUGCUGAAGUAUUCAAUAAAUGUAAUUCAUACGGCACACCUUGCGAUCUUAUCACAGGAGAGGAAAGGAAGUAUGCCACGUCUGACAAGAAUUUUUCUAAACACAUUUCUUGUACUGUAGAAAUGAUGGCGUUAAAUGUUCCAUGUGAAGUUGCAGUAAUAGAUGAAAUUCAAUCCAUUAAAGAUUUUCAACGUGGUUGGGCAUGGACAAGAGCUCUAUUAGGAGUCCCAGCAAAUGAAGUUCACUUAUGUGGAGAGGCAGCAGCCAUUGAUUUAGUUAAGUCAUUAUGUUUGACAACUGGAGAAAGUGUUGAAGUUCGGAAAUAUAAUCGGCUUACAGAGCUAGAAGUACAAAAUACUGCUCUUAGAUCGUUAAAUCAUAUUCAGCGUGGCGACUGCAUAGUAUGUUUUAGUAAAAAUGAUAUUUACACAGUAUCAAGAAAUCUGGAAGAAAAAAACAUUGAAGUUGCCGUCAUUUAUGGAAGUUUACCUCCAGGAACAAAGCUUGCCCAAGCUGCUAAAUUUAAUGACAUACACCAUCCGUGUAAAGUGUUGGUUGCAACUGAUGCAAUAGGAAUGGGCUUAAACUUGCACAUCCGGAGAAUUAUUUUUUAUUCUUUGAUUAAACCAGCAGUAAAUGACAGAGGUGAGAGAGAAAUGAAUACUAUUUCAGUAUCUUCAGCACUACAAAUUGCAGGACGAGCUGGGCGGUACGGAACACAAUGGGGAAAAGGAUACGUCACAACAUUUAAGCCAGAAGAUUUAUUAACAUUGAAAAAUUUACUAAGCAAAACACCAGAUAUUAUUUCUCAAGCUGGAUUACACCCCACUGCUGAUCAAAUCGAAUUAUAUGCUUAUCACUUACCAAAAACUCCAUUGUCAAAUCUAAUGGAUAUAUUUGUAUCUCUCUGCACGGUUGACGAUUCUAUGUAUUUUAUAUGCAAUGUCGAUGAUCUCAAGUUUCUUGCUGAUAUGAUUGAACAUGUUCCAUUACCAAUCAGAGACAGAUAUAUUUUUUGUUGUGCGCCUAUAAAUAGAAAAAUUCCAUUAAUUUGCACAACAUUCCUGAGAUUUGCAAGACAGUAUAGUAAAAAUGAAGCAAUAACGUUUGAUUGGAUUUGUCUACACAUUAAUUGGCCCUUAUCACCACCGAAGACCCUUAUUGAUCUUAUCCAAAGGGAGGCAGUAUUUGAUGUUUUGGAUCUUUAUUUAUGGUUAAGUGUUGUUUUGAAGUCCAAAUGA